AUGGACCGAACGAAGCUGAACGAAGCUGUCACAGACUGGCUCAGGCUCGACCGAAACCCCGAAACGCGAGCUGAGGUGGAGAACCUGGUCAAUGCAGGCGACUUUGCCGAGUUGGAGAAGCGUUUUGCGCGCCGCAUCGCUUUCGGCACGGCGGGAUUGCGAGGUCCCAUGCAGACCGGUCCAUCCGCCAUCAACGAUCUCGUCAUCCUCCAAGCCUCGCAAGGACUGGCAAAGUAUGCCGAGCAGUCAAUCGAGGGCGCGAAAGAGAAGGGCAUCGUCGUCGGACACGACCACCGCCACAACAGCGUGCAGUUCGCUCGGUUGACGGCGGGUGUCUUCCGCCGGCGAGGGUGGAGGGUGUAUGAGCUGGACGGCCUCGUGCAUACGCCGAUGGUGCCCUUCUCUGUCAAGCAACUCGGUGCAGCAGUCGGAGUCAUGAUCACCGCGAGCCACAACCCAGCGCGCGACAACGGCUACAAAGUCUACUGGUCAAACGCCAUUCAGAUCAUUCCGCCGCACGACUCUGGCAUCGCAGCGGCGAUCCUCGAAUCUCUCGAUGUCGACGAGGGUGCAUGGGAUCCUCCGAAGGACGCGACUGGCUGGGACGGGACUCACGAGCUCGUGAAGCAGUAUAUGGACAUGGUCAAGCAACUCUCGACGAAUGCCAGCACGAAUGCUUCAUCCUCCCUUCUCUUCACCUACACCGCAAUGCAUGGCGUCGGCCUCCCCUUCGCCCUUGAUGCGCUGUCCGCCUUCGGUUUCUCUCGCGACCGCGUCAGCAUCGUCAAAGAACAAGCGCAACCAGAUCCCGACUUCCCUACCGUCAAGUUCCCAAACCCGGAAGAGAAGGGCGCCCUCGAUCUUGCGAUCGCGCAUGCGGACAACGUUGGCUCGACGUUGGUACUGGCGAACGACCCGGACGCAGACCGGUUUUGCGCGGCGGAGAAGGUGCAAGGGAAGUGGACCAUCUUUACGGGCGACCAAAUCGGCGCUUUGCUCGGCUCGUACGCGCUUGAGCGUUACCGACAGACUGGCGCUCCGAUCGAGAAACUUGCUAUGUGCGCGUCGACGGUCUCGUCGAAGAUGCUGCGGUCGAUGGCGCGGAAGGAGGGAUUCCGGUUCGAAGAGACGCUGACGGGCUUCAAGUGGAUUGGCAACGAGCUGCAAGCGCUCGAAGACCAAGGCUUCGCACCUUGGUUCGCCUACGAGGAGGCGAUUGGCUUCGCAAACGGCACGUCCAUCAAGGACAAGGACGGCGUGACCGCUCUCGCGCUCUUUGCAGAGAUGGCUGCGACGCUGGCUAGGUUCGGCAAGCCUUUGACGGUUCACCUCGAUUCGCUUUACUACGAAUACGGCUUCCACGCGACGUUGAACAGCUACUUCAUCUGCCGCGACUCUGCCAAAACGAACCGCAUCUUCUCCACCCUCCGCUUCGGCAACCCCUCUAUCGACUCAUCCACCGCCUCUCCCGCCUCGCUCUCCCUCCCAACACACCUCGGCGGUUUCCGCCUCACUUCCCUCCGCGACUUGACCGUCGGCUACGACUCGACCAACCCGCCGACUUAUGAACCGAAACUGCCUGUGGACCGCUCGGCGCACAUGAUCUCGUUCUCGCUAGGCGAGACUGAGUCGGGCGAUGGCGUUGAGGUUGUUGGGACUGUACGGACGAGCGGGACGGAGCCGAAGAUCAAGUACUACCUCGAGGCGCGAGGCGGGAACAGGCAAGCUGUACGCGCCAAGCUUGAGCACGUGCGGAUGGCGCUCGGUUCGGAAUGGCUAAGAGCGGAGGAGAACGGCCUCGAGAAGCCGGAGUAG